AUGAGGCUCAACGAGAAGACAGCCAUCGCCACGCCACAGGUGACCCUCGUCCCCUACGAGGCCCGCCAUGUCGCCAAGUAUCACCGCUGGAUGAGCGAUCCCGACAUUCAAGCGGCGACGGCGUCGGACCCCCUCUCUCUUGAAGAAGAGUACGAGAACCAGGCGUCGUGGCGCACCGCUGACGAUAAACUCACCUUCAUCAUCUGUCGGCCAGUAGCGGCUGGGGCAGCAUCGACGGAGAUCACCGCUGGCACGGCAGACCACGAGGACGCCAUGGUCGGCGACGUCAACUUCUUCCUGUACCCCCAUGACGACGAGGACGACGAUGAAGGCAAAGACGAGGGUGCUGCCGAGCCACCGGAUUUCGUCGGCGAAAUCGACGUCAUGGUCGCCGAGAAGGGAGAUCGUGGACGUGGCGUCGGGUUCGGCGCCGUCACGGCCUUGAUGGAAUAUGUGCUCCGCCAUGUCGACGGCAUACUGCGAGAGCAUGGUCCGCGCAGCGGCGCGAGGGUGCCGCGGCUGCGGGGUCUGAUGGCCAAGAUCCAGGCCGGCAACGACAAGAGCAUCGCGCUGUUCAAGAGAGUAGGAUUCACGCAAAAGGGCGGCGUCAACUAUUUCGGCGAGAUGGAAAUGGUGCUGGAUCGAUUUGAGGAGAGGAUGAGGUCGGGCGAGUUGGCGUGGCGAGCUGAACUGGAGGAGACGUAUCGCGAGCUUGUGUAUACGGCUUGA